AUUUCAAAUAUUUGAUUUGUAAAGUAACAAGGUUAUGGUUUUAGGAACUUUGAACUCUGAACUGAGUUGACUUUUUCCAAUAUUAUUUCCAGUUUAAGAUAUGUUUUCCCCAAGACCAAGUUGAAACUGAAAUAUUCAAUUAAGAUGUUCAAAACUGGAUUACUAGUAAUCUCCAAUCCCAAAAAAAUUACUAGUAUAUUAUCUUCUAUACAAAAACAAGUCAAAAAUACUCUUUAUAUACAGAUUUUAUCUGCACUGGGUGAUGCACAGGUGGGGUUUCAGCCCAAAGUAUUCAAAACCUGCCCUAGAUUUAGUAAAACUAUAUUUGGGAUUUAUGCAAAUGCAGCCAAUCAAUGUGACAAAUUGGAUGUUCGAGUUCUUCUAUCUGGUAUCAAAUACAAUAUUUCAAAAAUUCAAACUCGGAAGCCAAUUGAUUUGAUAAUUUUUGAUAAGCCAUAUCCGCAGACUGAAAUAGACUCUUUCAUUAAAACCAGAAUUCAAAAUAUUACUACCGACUUCCAUAUUGUGACCCUAGAUUCUGACAAUUACAAUGUUUCGGAGAACGAGGAUGGUAUGCCAGAUGAUAUUUAUAAACAUACAGUAUUGGGAGGCACUUUUGAUCGAUUGCAUACUGCCCAUAAGUUACUAUUGAGUGAAGCUGCUCUUAGGUCCAGUGAAAAAGUUACGGUAAGUAGA